AUGAACCGUAGGAAUUUGGAAGAAUUUAUAGAUUUAUAUAAAUCAUAUCCAUGUCUGUGGCAAAUAAAAUCAAAGCUCUACCAUGACCGCCCACUAAGGGAAGCGGCUUACAAAGCAUUAAUCGAAAAAUUAAAAGAAUUUGAACCAGAUGCUAACAAAGAUUUAGUUGUGAAGAAAAUUAACAAUUUAAGAAGCAGUGCCCGAAAAGAAAAAAAAAAAUAUGAAGCUUCUCUCAAGUCAGGAGCUUCUUCUGACGAUGUUUAUCGGCCUAAAUUGUGGUAUUAUGAUAUGAUGAGCUUUUUAAACGACCAAGAUACGCCUCGAGGAUCAACAUCAAAUUUGGACAUACAAGAUGAAAGCAACUGUGCAGUCCGACCUCUCCGGCAAACCGGAACGU